AUGGGAACGGGAAGCAAGCCCGGAAGCCCAAGCGGGAGUCGUGCUGUCAGCCCGCAAGGCGAUGGCGCAGGCGGUCCCAGAGAUCUCUCCCUAGUCGGCACGGGCAUGGCAACUUUCGCUGCUUCCAAUCGUUGGGAGACAGUGUGUAUUGACAAUAAUGUUGUAGCCCCUGGAACUGCACCACCGACGAUUGGCGGUUCUAGUACCGAGCAGACGCCAGCAGCGACGUCCGACGCGGAAGCAACGACGACAUCAACGAAUCAAACUACAGAUCCAGUCACGGACCCAGCUGCAGACAUCAUCAGCCCAUCCGAAGAGACGUCAGUCGGGGAGGCCCUCGAAGCCGGCGGUAUCGACGACGAUGACGAAUUUACGCCUAGCGUUUUCGACGAGGGGUCGAUAGCUGACGACAGAACCGAUUCGACGUCGCUCAACUCGAGUGUCUACGAGCAUAGCUUCAAGAACGGCAGACGGUACCACAAGUUCCGCCACGGACGAUAUCCGAUCCCCAACGACGAGACAGAGCAGAACCGUGAGGACAUGCUGCAUGCCAUGAUGUUGGAGGUAACAGAUGGGCGGCUAUACUUUGCUCCCAUUGGCAACAGCCCUCAAAAGAUCAUCGACCUGGGCACCGGCACCGGUAUUUGGGCCAUUGAAAGUGGGUUCAGGCUCUCUAAUCCCUGGAUGCAACGGGUGUUCACUCGGUGUGAAAAGCGUUGA